AUAUAUAUUCCAAAAUUUGCUGCUUGUUUUAGAUUUGAAAUUUGAAAUAAAUCACAUACAUAGUGGUUCCAAUUUUCAUCGAUUUUCAACUUCCUGAUCAUAAACUGAAUCGCCGUCACCAUGGCCAAAAGCAACGACGUAGGAUGAUGUUGAUGAUGAAUUGAUGAUGAUGUAGGUUUCUAAGCAUUACCGUAGAGCAUAUGAUCUGAUAAUAUGUGAUUCGGCUGCAUUCAAACAUGUCUGCUCAUUUGACCACACUUGGAUACCUCAUCUUCAUCAGAAGCAGAAAUUCUUUCGGGAAGAGGCUCGUCAGAGGAAAUCAUUCAUCCUACCCAAUUCCAAGCGACCUAAAACAUCCUCAUUGGUACAAUCUUGUCCUCUUGAUCAUGAUGCAGAAUCCAUCACGGAAAAAUUAGUUAGAGGGAUUUGCAGGCACUCGGACCUGUGGACACCCAAGCAACAACUAAUAUACCUUGACCUCCUCCUCUCCGAGUACAGCCCUUUCAAGAUUAUGGAUGGUGGAAAGCUGCUGGCUAACCCAUGGGACAUGCCUCCUCCUUAUCCAACAAAUUUUGCAAUCCUCUCUUCGUCGUCUUCGUCUUCGUCACAUCUUAUGGCAUUCCCUUUGAAGAAAUGUGAGCCCUUGGACCUCUAUGAGUCCCUUCGGAGUUAUGUUGCCCUUAAAUACUCUGAGAGCGAGGCAGAGAGAGUAGAAGGCCUUUUCAAAAUGGUAGACAAAUUGCGCAGUGAAAUGCAGCGUGAUGACCUCUCUCUACCCAUUCGCCGUGACUGCCUCAUCCAGUAUUUGAAAUGCGUUUGCAUGAUUGAGCCUUUGUUCCCCAUGACUACCUCACCCAAUCCACCUAUCUUUGUUUGGUACAAUGCAUUCAACCCACAACAGGACUCUUCUCAGCACAACAUCCAUUUCGAGAAGGCCUCUGUUCUCUUUAACCUGGGAGCCCUCUCCACCCAAGUUGCUCUCUCCUGCGAUCUCACCACCAUCCAAGGCCAUCGCCUUGCCAAGGACGCCUUAAAUGAUGCUUCACAUUGGUUCUCCAAACUGUCGCAUGAGGCUGAGAAGGCAUCUGCCACCAUUGAAUUGUCAGUAAACUGUGCCAAGAUGCUGCGUGAGAUAAUAUCCGCUCAGAUUGCCGACUUGGACUGGAAUUUUCCUCAUUCCUGUUCUGUUCGAUCAUCAUCAUCUCCGGCUCUUCUGCUUUAUCAGAAAGCUUUUGAUCUGUCGACACUUGAGCCUUUAGCUGAGACUUUUGUUCAAUCCUCGAUACCUCAAUAUCUGAAGAUGAAAACCUGCCCUGUUGUAACUGAUCCAGGUGAUAUCACUGAACAAUUUCUUUCAGGGUAUGGUAAGGCUAAAUCCCUGCUUGUAGAGGGAUGUCAACCACCAUGCUUGGAUAUUAAGGAUGGGAAUCUUGUGGCCAAUGCAACCUUGGAGGCAGUAAGGUUGGCGUUGAAGGAGAUGAACUUGCAGGAGUCCAAACCACCACAAUAACAUUACCAUAUGUAAGCUUUAGGAAUCAACUUUUUUUUUUCUUUUAAACUAAAUAAGCUUUAGGAACUAAUUACUCUUGUUCAAAACUAUUCCUUCAAAAUUUAUUGUUUCUAUCUACACAAUUUUUAUGAUGUGCUGCAAGGUCCAUUGAUGAGUUCUGCUUUGUUCACUGCGGUUUUCUUACUUAACCAGGUUGAAGGUUCACUAAUCAUUUUGUAUUGUUGGUAAACUAUUCAUGAUUAAAUUAGUUUGAUGUCAUCUGGUACAAAUUUCUUUUCUGGUGAUAUGUGUUUCUAUAAGAACCUAGAAAAUCCCAAAUUCAAAGUAAUAAAACAAAAAAAUAAUGAAUUUCUUCUCUGGUAUUGAAUAAUUUUGUACAAAAUCCAAUUUUACUGUUUGGAUGAACAAAAUUUCUUCUAAUUUUUUGGGCUUGCCCACUUUGUAUUUUGUAAAAACUUUGCCUCUGUCAACAUUUGUUCUAUGAAGGAGAUGAUGAUCAUGAGAUUAAUAAUGAUAUUGAUGUUACGUGGGAUCAAGAUUAUUCAUCCUGCUUUGUUCAAACCAUUUUUUUUGGGCUUUAAUUCAUUUCAGAAAAUUGUUCGGUUCAUAGUUUAGUCUUUAUGUAUAAUUGACAUGAGUUUCUUUCUUUUGUUGGCUUUUCAUUAGAAUAGUUAUUAACUACAUAUUUUCUUCUUUUACUCUUAUUAUUUAUUAUGUUUGUAAAGACUUACAUUUUAAGUUUUAACUUUUAACACAUGUUUUUAAUUUUAUUUAUAUAAUUUUAUAUAUUUUUUAAUUAUGAUCUUAACUAACGCUACUUUCCUGCCUGUGAUACUACACAGUCCUAACAACCAGAAAGCAUUUCAAAUUCAAGAUAAACAAUACUGACGUAAAUAACAAUACUGCCUAUUAUUAUUAGCUCUACGUUAAAACUCAAAUUUAGUCUACUAACAAAUGACCCAUGUUUUUUAUUAAUCUAAUAAAAGAAAAAUAUAUAUUCCAAAAUUUGCUUAUUGUUUUAGAUUUGAAAUUUAAAAUUUGAAAUAAUCACAUACAUUGUGGUUCCAAUUUUCAUCGAUUUUCAACUUCCUGAUCAUAAACUGAAUCGCCGUCACCAUGGCCAAAAGCAACGACGUCACCAUGGCCACGAGCAAGGAGGAUGUGGGAUUGCUGAACCCGAACCUGGACAAGAUGCUAUCAAUCCCACUGAAAAAGAGUGAUCCGGUGGAGCUGUACCAGCCGUUACGCAAGUUGGUAGCUACAAAAUUCUCAGAGAGCGAUGCAGAGAAAGUUGAAAGCGUUCUGGAAACCCUAAACAAAUGUCGCAGUGACAUGGUGGAGCGAGGGGACCUCUCCCUUCCCAUGCAACGUGAUUGCCUCAUCCACUACUUCAAAUGCCUCUGCAUGGUUGAGCCACUCUUCACCGCUGACUCCGACGACUCCGACGGCAUCAUGUUUUUCUGGUACGACGCCUUCGACCCUGACUAUAUAUGUGUGGAUGGAGUCUCCUCCCAUAAGAGUAUCCAAUUGGAGAAGGCUGCUGUUCUCUACAACCUUGGCGCCAUAUACAGCCAGAUUGGAGCCUCUUGCGACCGCACCACCGCCCUUGGCCGUCACCUUGCAAUGGAUGCCUUCAAUGCCGCCGCCAAAUUCUUCUCGGAACUCUGGAAGGGUUUCGCCAAGGACAUCUCCGCCACCUUCGACUUGACUCUCCUCUUCACCGAGACGCUGCACCAGCUCUUCUCCGCUCAGGCUUCCGAGCUCAAAUUACAGCAACAACUCGACGACGACAAAAGCAACAACGACGCCAGUUCCGCUUUCCAAAAACAUCGAUGUGCCCAUUUGUUUAAAUCGGUUUCUAAGCAUUAUGGGAGAGCAUAUGAUCUGAUACUAAGUGAUCCGGCUGCAACCAAACAUGUCUGCUUAUUUGACGAAACUUGGAUACCUCAUCUUCAUCAGAAGCAGAAAUUCUUUCGGGAAGAGGCUCGUCAGAGGAAAUCAUUCAUCCUACCGAAAGCCAAGCGACCCAAAACAUCCUCAUUGGUCCAAUCUUGUCAUCUUGAUCAUGAUGCAGAAUCCAUCACGGAAAAAUUAGUUAGAGGGAUUUGCAGCAACUCGGACCUGUGGACACCCAAGCAGCAACUAAUAUACCUUGACCUCCUCCUCUCCGAGAACAGCCCUUUCAAGAUUAUGGAUGGUGGAAAGCUGCUGGCUAACCCAUGGGACAUGCCUCCUCCUUAUCCAACAAAUUUUGCAGUCCUCUCUUCUUCGUCUUCGUCUUCGUCACGUCUUAUGGCAUUCCCUUUGAAGAAAUGUGAGCCCUUGAACCUCUACGAGUCCCUGCGCAAUUACUUUGUCCUCAAAUACUCUGAGAGCGAGGCAAACAGAGUAGAAGGCCUUUUCAAAAUGGUAGACGAAUUGUGCAGUGGAAUGCAGCGUGAUGACCUCUCUCUAUCUGGUCGCCGCGACUGCCUCAUCCUCUAUUUGAAAUGCCUUUGCAUGAUUGAGCCUUUGUUUCCCAUGACUAACUCACCCAAUCCACCUAUCUUUGUUUGGUACAAUGCAUUCAACCCACAAGAAGACUCUUCUCAGCACAACAUCCAUUUUGAGAAGGCCUCUGUUCUCUUCAACCUGGCAGCCCUCUCCAAACAAGUUGCUCUCUCCUGCGAUCUCACCACCAUCCAAGGCCAUCUCCUUGCCAAGGACGCCUUCAAUGAUGCUUCGCAUUGGUUUUUGAAACAGUCACAUGAGGCUGAGAAGGCAUCUGCCACCAUUGAAUUGUCAGUAAACUGUGCCAAGGUGCUGCGUCAGAUAAUAUACUGGAAUUUUCCUCAUUCCUGUUCUGUUCGAUCAUCAUCAUCUCCGGCUCCUUUGCUUUAUCAGAAAGCUUAUGAUAUGUCGACACUUGAGCCUUUAGCUGAGAAUCUUGUUCAUUCCUCGAUACCUCAAUAUCUGAAGAUGAAAACCUGCCCUGUUGUAACUGAUCCUGGUGAUAUCACUCAACAAUUUCUUUCAGGGUAUGGUAAGGCUAAAUCCCUGCUUGUAGGGGAAUGUCAACCACCAUGCUUGGACCUUCUCUCGGAGAUCAGCCCGGUCAACAUUAAGGAUGGGAAUCUUGUGGCCAAUGCAACCUUAGAGGCAGUAAGGUUGGCAUUGAAGGAGAUGAACUUGCAGGAGUCCAAACCACCACAAUAACAUUACCAUAGAGAAAAACUAUGUAAGCUUUAGGAAUCAACUUUUUUUUUUUUUCUUUU